AUGGAUAAUAGUGAAUUUGAUUCCGAAAAUCGAACUGAAAGAAGUUAUCAAACUGGUUUGCAUUACAAGGGUUUAGAAAACGCGGGUGCCGAAGAACUUGAAGACGAUGAAGAGGAGAUACAAAUGUCCUCACAAGAGGUACUGGAAGCGCUUCAACGUGCCUGGAUAAAUGAAAAGUUUGCCCCUGACGUGCUGCCUUACGAAGAUGCUUUGGUAGAAAUGGUCAUGAUACAGCUGGUGCACAUGGAAGAAAAUCUUGCAACAGCAAACAAGAACGAUCUGCUCUAUAUCGUACAUCGCAUGGAAGUAGAAAGGAUCCGAUUCAUCGUAGCAAGCUAUCUGCGGUGCAGAUUACAAAAGCUGGAAACGUACGCGUCUCACAUUCUUGACGUGGAAUCUAACAGACCGCCUAAUUCAAAACGACUGUCGGAGGCGGAACAAAAGUUUACGCACGACUUUCGCGACAUCGUUGAAACCCAUUUCCACGAGCUGGUCUCUCGGCACAUGCCGCAAAACCAUCAAGACGAUGAACGAGCACGUCGAGUCGUGCCAAAUCUGGACACACACGUAUUCGCCAGAGCAAGACAAGACGUAGGGGAAUAUUCCCUGGCAGGCGGUGAACAUUCGGUCAACAUACAUGCUGGCGCAGUACAUUUGUUGCGAUAUCGAGAUAUUGAAACACUGGUGAUAGAAGGACUGCUAGAAUUGAUAUGAUGCAAGUGCUGUGCCGUCCUAACGUAGUAUGUUGUUUUCAAAUUUAAAUAUGUAUCAUGUUUUACAAGGUUUGUUUGUAUUGCACAAUAGCGUAACUAUGGUAACAUUAGGGUCGCUACGUCGUAGCAAAAGAAACCUUACCUUCAUAUUAAAGGAAACAAAGGCAACAAUGAUGCACUUUGUUACAGGUGAUAAAUUGUCGAACUGAG